CCUGGGCUGAGGCUGAUAUACCUUUAGAGAAGCUUGACAAGUUCUGUGGAUUCUUGAAUACAUAUUGCAAGAAGGGUAGUUAUAUAUCUGCAGCUAAUACUUUACAUCGGUCACACUUACCAAUGGUUUUUGAAAACCACUUAGAAAGCUUACGUCAUAUAUUUAGUGAAAACCCU